AUGGCUCCACCUAACCCCCUGGCCGAUUGGGAGAGGGUAGGCGACAGGUUCUAUAGGAAGGUGCGCGUAUAUGACGCCGUGUUUGAUGAAGACCUAGAACUAGAGAACUACAUUGUCGCUGGAGCACCUUAUGGAGGAGCAGUUGGUAUCUUUCUCUCCAUCCAAAUCAGGACUGGGACGCCGUGCCCGGAACCAUGGCUGAUUGUUGGGCAUUUUAGCUCUGUAUCGCGACGAGAGCAAGCUUUACAGUGGGAAUUUGGCUCCAUCCGAGGGCUCGGAUGGUCCGAUAAUGAAGAGCUUCUUGUCGUGACCGAAGAUGGUACGGUUCGGCGCUAUUUCGGCUUACAUGGAGACUUCGCACCGUUCUCAUUGGGAAAUGGGGCAGAAGAGUAUGGAGUUAGGAGCUGCCGCUUCUGGUCAUCUGGCUUCGUGGCACUGCUGUCAAACAAUCAACUGAUCGCCGUUUCUAAUUAUGCUGAGCCUAGGCCAAAGUUAUUGGCACCCUCUCCAGAGGGAGAGGUAUCUUCAUGGUCACUGAUCCCCCCGUCUUAUACGCUUUCACGUUCUGUGGAAGUUCUUCUCGCAGUGGAUAAGACGAUCUAUGUAGUCGAUGCUACCGAAGCGGAGGAUCGGAUGUUACAGAAUGGGCCGUUUAAGCAUGUCAGUGUGUCACCGACUGGCCGCUUCGUGGCUCUCUAUACGAGCGAUGGUAAAGUCUGGGUUGUGAGCAGUGAUUUCCAGAACAAAUACAGCGAAUACGAUUCCAAAGCCAAGACCCCUCCGCUGACGGUGGAGUGGUGCGGAGAUGAUGCGGUCAUUCUUGCAUGGGAGGACGAGAUUCAUAUGGUGGGCCCUAGUGGAGCGGCUUCCAGGUACUACUAUGAUGGUCGUGUACAUGUGAUCCCUGAAUUUGAUGGCGUCAGAUUGUUGACCAAUGAAUCCUGCGAGUUUCUACACAAGGUCUCCGCCGUGACGGAGGAGGUUUUCCGACUUGGGUCUACAUCUCCAGCAUCAGUCCUUCUGGACUCGGUCGAUCAAUUAGAGAAGAAGUCUCCCAAAGCUGAUGAGAACAUUCAACGAAUCCGGCCCAAUCUUCCGGAGGCUGUUGAUAUUUGUGUCAAAGCUGCCGGUCACGAGUUUGACACGUAUUGGCAGAAGCGGCUUCUGAAAGCGGCCUCCUUCGGAAAGUCCGUCUUGGAGCUGUACAAUAGCGACGAGUUUGUGGAAAUGACGGAAAGAUUGAGGGUGCUGAAGGCAGUCCGCGAUUUUGAAAUAGGGAUGCCAAUUUCUUUUGAUCAGUAUCUCCGCUUGACUCCUGAGAAGCUGAUUGAUCGUCUCGUGAAUCGCCAUGAAUAUCUCCUGGCAAUACGAAUUUCUGAAUACCUUCAUAUUCCGGUCGAUAAAAUCUACGUCCAUUGGGCUAUUCAGAAAGUCAAGGCCUCCACAGCCGACGACGAUGCAGUAUGCAAACUGAUCGUGCAAAGGCUGGAAGGGAAAUCGGGCAUUUCCUUUGAAGCGAUUGCACAAGCUGCUUACGAUGAGGGACGAUCUCACCUCGCUAUACAGCUUCUGAAUUAUGAGCCCCGAGCCGGCAAACAAGUCCCUCUGCUUCUUAAUAUGGAAGAAGACGAAAUCGCACUCGAUAAGGCCGUUGAGAGUGGGGAUACUGAUCUUUUGUACUAUGUUCUGCUGCACCUCAAGAAAAAGCUUCCUCUUUCGAGCUUUUUCAGGACGAUUAACGACAGGCCCACAGCUGCCGCUCUUGUGGAAACGUCGGCAAGGGAAGGGGACACCGAACUUCUGAAAGAUUUGUAUUAUCAAGACGAUAGACCCAUCGAUGGUUCCAAUAUUCUGAUCUCAGAAGCACUCAAGCAAGAUGAGGCUCAGGGGAAAAUAGAGAAACUGAAUCUUGCAUCCCGAGUCCUCACGGAGUCCAAAGAUCCUGCCAUCCUAUUCCAGCAGAAGUCACUCUCCGAAGCCGCGCAGCUGCUCAAGGUUCAGGAGGCUCUGGAUAAGGAACUAUCAGACGGCCCGGAUUUCGUCGGGCUGAGCUUGAAUGAAACAGUUUACAGGCUGAUAAAGUCAGGGUAUGGAAAGAGAGCACAAAAGAUUCAUAACGACUUCAAGAUGCCAGAAGCCACAUAUUGGUGGGUAAGAUUGCGAGCUUUAGUUGCCAAACGCGACUGGGGAGAGUUGGAAGAGAUUGCAAAGGCCAAGAAAUCUCCGAUUGGCUGGGAGGUGAGCAGCAUGCAACAUCCAUGGAUCCCUGUUUUACCAUCCUAA